AAAAUAAAAAUAAAAAAUAAGAAGCUAGUAUGACCGUGAGGAGUCGCCUCCGUCGUCGUCGGAGAAGAGGAAGAAGAAACAUUAGUGUUGUGCUGUCUCGCAUCAGAUCCACCACCGGCACCGAUGCCGGCCCUCUCCACCCACCACCUUCAGCUGCGCCGUCUCGGCCGACGACGCGGCGCCGCAUUCGCCCUCGCGCUGCUCGCCGCCGCCCUCGUGCUCACGCUCUCCCGCUACGCCACGGGCCCUGCAGCCUCCCCGCCCGCGUCCCCGUCCUACGGGCAUCGCCUCCCGGCCCUCGUCGACAUCACCCUCGUCUACGGCGCCACCGACAAGGGCGCAGUGUAGUGUGUUUGGAUGGUACGCCGCCUGCCUACCACUUCCUUCCAGGAUUCGGGGACGGAUCCCACAACUGGCUCCUCCACCUGGAGGGCGGAAGCUGGUGCCGCAGUUUCGAAUCAUGUGCUCGCCGUAAGAAAACAAAUCUCGGUUCGUCUGCCCACAUGGAUACUCGUGCUGAAUUCGUCGGCAUCCUCAGUGAUGAUCAAUCUCAGAAUCCAGACUUUUACAACUGGAACAAAGUGAAAAUAAGAUACUGUGAUGGUGCAUCAUUCUCUGGACAUGUCCAAGAUGAAGUCAAGAAUGGCACAGGUUUCUUCUUCAGAGGCCAGCGUAUCUGGGAAGCAGUCAUGGCCGAACUUCUAUCAAAGGGGCUAGCCAGAGCGAAACAGGCUUUUCUGACUGGAUGCUCGGCUGGUGGCCUUUCUACAUACAUUCACUGUGAUGAUUUCCGGGCAGUUCUACCGAACACGCCUACUGUCAAGUGCCUCGCAGAUGGUGGAUUCUUCCUUGAUGUAGAAGACAUUUCUGGAAGAAGGUAUAUGCGGGGCUUCUAUAACGAUGUUGCUCGGCUGCAGGAUGUGCAUAAAAGGUUCCCUCAUUGCAGCUCAGAUAUGGAACCAGGGCAGUGCUUCUUCCCACAAGAAGUUGCGAAAAGCAUCACCACGCCGAUGUUUAUACUCAAUCCAGCAUAUGAUGUUUGGCAGGUAGAGCAUGUGUUGUCUCCAGAAGGUUCUGACCCUCAAAAUCUAUGGCAAAAUUGCAGGACGGACAUUACCAAGUGUAGCUCAAAACAGCUUGAAGUUCUUCAAGGUUUUAGGAAAGCACUGCUUGAUGCUAUAAAUGAAUUCAAGAAGAGAAGAGACUGGGGUAUGUUCAUUGACUCCUGCUUUAUACACUGUCAAUCAAUGAAAGCUUUGGCUUGGCAUUCACCAUCAGCUGCUAGAAUCAACAACAAGACGGCCGCCGAAGCGGUGGGAGAUUGGUUCUUUGAUCGGAGGGAGGUGAAGGAAAUAGAUUGUGAAUAUCCCUGCAACCCGACAUGCUACAAUGUGGUUCUUGAUCAGCCCUACAAGGAAGACUAACUGACUUGCAGUGUUGUGGUGAUUUUAUUCGUAAUUGGCUCUCCGUGAGUUGAUAUUUGUUGAGCUGAAUGCGAUCAUUAGCUGAGUUCUGACUGAGACUUGUACUUGAGACCUAUUAAAAUAUGAGAACAGUACUUGCAGAGAGAAUUCCAUACAAUAUAUGGGCGUUGAUAUGACAUA